AUGUCCAACCCAGAGCAUGCAUUUCAGGAACUUGCGCGCAUCUUCUCAUCUAGAGAAAACCAAGUCCUCGAGAUUGAGAUCAUCCCUCCAAGUCUAGGCGCAACAUUUCUGCAAGAUGGCUGCUCAGUGGGAAUCACCAAGAAAGCACUCGUGCAAGCAUAUACGGUCGCGCGAGCUAUCUUCUUUAAGAAAUCAAUGCCCAUGUCGGAAGAUGACUUCCAAAAUGCGCUCCUCAUCCAAAUUCAGUCAACAAAUCCAGAUUUAGCAAUCACAGAAAUCAUGCUGCUAUUCGAUUGUGAACAUCUCACAGCUUGCAAUUGGCGCAAGCGCCGGUUAUGCGCAGCCAUGGCGCAUUCAAAUACCCAGGAUCUUUCAAACGGGACACUCGCCACAAUAGAGCUUUUAGAAGCCGAGCUCACGCUUAUGUCGAGUUACCAGUGCUCGCCACUUCAUCGUCAUACCAAGUCGCCUACUUUAUGGCACCACCGGCUCUGGGUGCUGAGACAUCUACUCGAAAGACGGACUUGGAGUGCCGAGCCUACGCUAGAACUCCACCGGAGUGAACUGGAAGUUGUUCUUCGUGCGGGAGAACUGCAUCCGAAAAACUACUAUGCUUUCAGCUAUAUGCGACAGCUGAAUGCGCUCCUUGUGGAGAUAAUGGCAGGAAAACCUGACUGGAAAGCAGAAGCUGCGCUGCCAAUUCUUGACCGGACGAUUGAAUGGUGCCUGGCUAAUCCGCGCGAUAUCUCCGGGUGGAGCUUUGGAAUAUACCAGCUGAGUCAAGUCACCGAUCCCGCGGUGCGAACGCUUACACUUGAGAAAGUGCUCAUGUUUGCUCUUGGUGUUGGCUGGGAGGGCGAGAGUCUCUGGACAUUUGUGCACCAAAUUGUUAAGCAAUUCAAUCUUGGUAGUGUCGCAGAUGAUAUGGGGUUACGCUGCAUUCCGGAAGAUGCAUCCAAUGACUCUGCAAGUUCUUUACAGAAGAAGUCAUGGCAGACCUGGCUGGACCGGGCGAGGGUAUACUGGGCAGCCAAUGGCCAGAAAUAA